CCUGUUUUAGACAUUCUGUUUGAAACAAGUGUUAUGCAGUUCACUAUUUUAUUUAAGAAAAUUUUUUAUUUUAGAGUAAAAAAUUACAUGCCUAGAUUGUAAAUGGCUUGGCGUGAUUGUCAGGCUUGGUGUGACGAGGGGUUGUCGUUAUCAACAACAUGUAAUCAAACUGCUCGUCUCUUUGAUGCAGCUUUAAAUCAGUAUGUUACUUGGACUGAAAAUCCUAAUCUGGAUGGGCUACAGGGGACAUUAAAGUCUCUUCAAAAUACGAGUCCUGAUUUUGCAAUGGGCAUGGUCCUUUCUAUAGGUUUGGAUUUGAUGAGUACUGGGAGAACACCAAGACUUGAUCAAGAAUUUAAUAACAGUAUUAAACAAUUAAAUCAACUUUCGCAAAGCAAUUCUCUUAGCAAACGUGAAAAACUGCAUUGCAAAGCAGUGGGACUAUUUGCGUCAGAGAACUUAAAAUCAGCUUGUAACGUAUGGGAAGAUAUUCUUGUUGAUUAUCCGAAUGAUAUUUUAGCUCUGAAAUUUGCAUACGAUACUUAUUUUUAUCUUGGCAACUCGAUGAUGAUUCGAGACAGUGUUGGCAGAGUACUUCCUUUUUAUAAAUCAACUAAUCCUUUUUACGGUUAUCUUAAAGGUAUGUAUGCUUUUGGUUUGCAGGAAACAAAUUUGUAUUCGUUAGCUGAAAAGUAUGGUAAAGAGGCAUUAGCGUUGAAUCAAUAUGAUUGCUGGGCAUCGCAUUCUUUAGCACAUUGUUACGAAAUGACGGGCCAAACACAUACUGGAAUAGACUUUUUAAGUUCAACUGAGGAACAGUGGAAGCGUGGUAGCAUGCUAGCGUGUCAUAAUUAUUGGCAUUGGGCUCUGUAUCAUGUUGAAAAUGGUGACUACGACUCCGCUCUCGAUAUAUAUGAUCAGCAAAUUAGUUCAAGGUCGAAAUCAAGUUUUCCUUUGGAUAUAGUUGAUGCAGUCUCACUUUUAAAACGUUUAGAGAUUCAAGGAGUGUAUGUUGGUGAAAGAUGGGAAGAUAUCUAUGAGAUUUGUCAAUCUCGCCUUAAUGAUCAUGUUACAGUUUUUAACGACGCUCACUAUUUAAUGUCUUGCUUAGGUGCUAAAAAAGAGCAGUCUGUAAAUUUAUUUCUACGCUCUGUUAAUGAUUACAUCGAAAUUUCAAAUGGAGAUAAUAAGGAUAUCAAUGUGCAAGUUGGACUUAGUUUGUAUAAAAGUAUUGUGGCAUUCACAGAUGAAAGAUACGAUGACGUUGUUGAGCUUCUAUAUCCGAUAAAAUACGAUUUAGUAAAAAUAGGUGGUAGUAAUGCUCAAAGAGACGUUUUUCAACAAAUACUUUUAGAAGCGUCAAUAAAAUCAAAAGCGUAUUUUAAACUUGCAAAGGCGCUCUUACACGAAAGAAAACUGGUAAAAGAGAACUCUCCACUUACGGAUAGGAUGAUGAGCCGACUAUUGAUAUGCCAUGAAUGAUUUUGGCUGACAAAACUUUGUUUUUUUUUUCUUUCUUUCUUUACGUGAUGUGAAUUUCAUUUAAUAUUUUGUAUUUCCAA